GGACUGUGAUUUCGAAGGAGCAGCAGCAAAAAUUCGCCAUUUUAAAAACCCAAUCCGUCGCUCAAGGAAGUGUUUUCGGUUUCGCAAAGAGUUCGGUUCUCGGGUCGCGGAUAAAUUUGCACAAGAAGCAAAGUUCCAGGUUCUGGUGUGAGAAAAGACCUCCACGAGUGUGGCCGCGCCAUGCUGCUUCAUCGGCGGAGGCUUUAGGUGGAGCUCGUUCCGGAUUUUCGAGCCGUGGGCCGCGGGAUCGAACAUUUUUCAUUCUUCCGUAAAGGCAGCAGUAGGAAAGAGGACAACAUUAGCCAGUGAGAGAAAGAAAGAGGAGGAAAAACAGCGCAAUAUUAAAUAAAUAAGGGCACGGUUUGGUGUGUCCGUGGCCAGAGGAGGUCACCAUCGGAACGGGGACAACGGGAAGCAAAAUUGAAUAAUUAAUGCACUCAUGAAAGUGCGGCCAGGGCCUGUGCUCCGUCCCCUGGAAGUGUAAAUAGACGGAACAAAGCAGUGUGUUGUUUUGUUUUGCUGCAGCGCUGUUAAACAAUAACAUAAGCAAAAAAGAACAAAGUUGCUGCUGUUUGUGCUUCCUGCUUCGACGAGGAGAAAGCAGUUUUUUUUUUCCUUUUCGCGUGUGUGUGUCCAAACUCCACCGGUGGGGGUCGCUUUCUCCGGUGGAAGAAAAACCAGCAACAGGAAGUGUUUCUCUGCAAGAACCUAAAAAAAGUGCUGAAUUUGAUUAUUGUUGUUUAAACUACAAAAGCCGCCAAGGUGGAUACCAAAAGUAACCUGGGUCUUACCCAGGACUUUGAGAGGAUGGUGGGGCUGUCCGGCGGAGCGCAUCUGUACGCGGCGGGGCUGCCGCCCGCGCAGGAAAUCGUCCGCGACAUGUCCACGAUGCCGACGGCGGCACCGACGAGCGCCGAUGCCUGUCUCAGCAUCGUCCACUCGCUGAUGUGCCACCGGCAGGGCGGCGAAAGCGAGGGCUUCUCCAAGCGGGCCAUCGAAUCGCUGGUGAAGAAGCUGAAGGAAAAGCGCGACGAGCUGGACUCGCUCAUCACGGCCAUCACAACGAACGGGGCCCACCCGAGCAAGUGCGUCACCAUCCAACGGACGCUGGACGGACGGCUGCAGGUUGCCGGCCGGAAGGGCUUUCCCCACGUCAUCUACGCCCGGAUCUGGCGCUGGCCGGAUCUGCACAAGAACGAGCUGAAACACGUCAAGUACUGCCAGUUUGCGUUCGAUCUCAAGUGCGACUCGGUGUGCGUCAAUCCGUACCACUACGAGCGCGUCGUAUCGCCCGGAAUCGAUCUUUCCGGGCUGACACUCCAAACCGGGCCGAGCCGGCUGAUCAAAGACGAGUACACUCCAGGUUCGGUCGUUUCAGGAUCGAUGGACAUUGACGGGAACGAGAUUGGAACCAUCCAGCAUCAUCCCUCGAUGGGCGGGUACGGCGGCAUGGCGAUGCACCAGCAGGUUCCAGAACCACCCCAAAUGGGCAGUAUGUUUCCCCCGCCGCCCGGAAGCGGACCACGGCCCAUACCAAAGAUGGAACCCUCGGAGCAGUCUCGAAACAGCAACGGCGGUGGCGGCGCUAGCUGGAUGAGCGGACAGAGUCCGUCCUCGUCUUCGGCAGUAGCGGCAGCGGUCAGUUCCGUCGCGCUCAGUCGACUCUCUUCAUCACUACCACACCCCUCCGUCUUGGGUAAUCCCGUCGGAAUGCCAAACAGCGGACCGUUGCGUCCCCCGCAAGCACCGCCACAACAAUCCCAAGGGCCUCCCCAGACGACGCCCUCGAGCUCUCAAAUGACAAACGGCGGCAACGGCCUAAUCGGAAACUCAUCCCAACCCAACCUGCUGGGCGCCGACGGUGGCCAGGGCCAGUACUAUCCGGGUAGCUCCGUUGACCCGUCAAUGUCCGGCGAUCCCCAGCUGGGCCAAAACCUGGGUUCGAUCUCCGCCGCGUCACCCGUUUCACCUCACCUGCAACAGAACGGCUACGUUCAGAACUCCAACAGUCAACAGCAACAACAACAACAGCAACAACAGCAGCAGCAGCAAGCACAACAGCCAACGUCCGUCCCGGGCCAGUACGGUCAGCAUCAGACCGGAACGGCCACCUGGUCCGGCUCGAACACACUCACCUACACGCAAUCGAUUCAACCGCCGGCGCCGGAUCCCCGAUCACACGGUGGCCACCAGCAGUACUGGCAGCAUGGUAGCGGCGGCGGAGGUGGUGGAGCCGGUGGUGGUGCUGGUGGCGUGUCUGGCUCCGGCAGUGGUGCCGGUUCCGGUUCCGGCCAGGUGCAGGACCUCCCCGGCCAGCCGCGGCUCUUGUCGAGGCAACCGGCGCCCGAGUACUGGUGCUCGGUGGCGUACUUCGAGCUGGACACGCAGGUCGGCGAAAUGUUCAAGGUACCGUCGAACCGGCCAAACGUCACCAUCGACGGGUACGUGGAUCCGUCCGGUGGGAACCGGUUCUGUCUCGGUGCGCUCAGCAACGUGCACCGAACGGAGCAGAGCGAAAAGGCGAGAUUACACAUCGGCAAAGGUGUUCAGCUGGAUCUGCGCGGCGAGGGCGACGUCUGGCUGCGGUGCCUCAGCGAUCACUCAGUAUUCGUGCAGAGCUACUAUCUGGACCGGGAGGCGGGCCGCACGCCCGGCGACGCCGUCCACAAAAUCUAUCCCGCCGCCUGCAUAAAGGUAUUCGAUCUCCGCCAGUGUCACCUGCAGAUGCAAUCGUUGGCCACCAGCGCCCAGAAGGCAGCCCAAAUGCAAGCGGCUGCCGUGGCCGGCGUGUCCGGAUUGGCCGUCGGUGCGCCCAGAAGUAUUUCAGCGGCGGCCGGCAUCGGAGUGGACGACCUGCGAAGACUGUGCAUUCUGCGGCUGUCCUUUGUCAAGGGAUGGGGUCCGGAUUAUCCGCGGCAGUCGAUCAAGGAGACGCCGUGCUGGGUGGAGGUACAUCUGCACCGUGCGCUGCAGCUGCUGGACGAGGUUCUGCACCAGAUGCCGAUCGAUGGGCCGCGAGCCGUCGAGUAAGCGUCGAGGAUGAUGCAUCACUCACACUUAAAUGAUUCGAGUAAUUCAGAGAAAAUGUUUUGUCUGCUAUCCGUGAGAAGCAAGCGCGUCUGCUUCAGAGAGGAAGGUUGAAUGAGUGCUUGUGUGUGAGUAUUGGAAGUUUGGAAAAAAGUGUUUUUAUUUUGUGAUUUGUUAGUGCAUAAUGUUUUAAUUAAGGAAAACAUGUAUACUUGGCAAAUACCUAAACUAUGACUAAAAUUAUUUAUACAAAAUGAAACUAUAAAAGUACGCUGACUAUGAAUAAAGGUUAAAGAAGCAAAUACAAAAGGCAAGUGUUAACUCGUUUAGAAAUGUGCAACACUGAAAAACUCUCUGAACAAUAACUCAAAGGCAUACAAAAAUCAACGCAGUAAAGAGCAGUCUAAAUAAAGAUUUAAAAAACAACCGACAAAUUAUACUACCUCUGACAUGAAAAUAAAACAACAACAAACACUCACUUUAUACAAAAAUUAAAAAUAAAACAGCAACAAAAACACGUACAUAGCAGAUAGAACAAAUGAAGGAAAUUCACAGAAAAAAAAGAAUAUAACUGUAAGCAAACAAAGAGUAGACGUGCUAAUAGUUUAUUAAGUAUUCAACGGCGCAAAAUCGCCACAGAAAAUACAAAAUAAAAACACUAAAAAACGUUGAAUGUUUCAGACUAACUAGUUAUUGUUAAAGGAAAACACGGUACCUUAACAGAGACCACACUGAUGUGAGCAAAUUGAUCCUUGAACUUUCCUCUCAAAACAAGUUGAAAGUACGAUCAAUGCCAUUUAAAAAUUGCAGUCUCGAAGACACACACCCAGACAGACAACAGAAUUUUAAAUUCACCCAAGCGGCCACAGCAAGCGAAGAGUGCGACUGUUCAUGAGUCUUGAAAAGGAACAAUGAAUUAAAAUAUAACAAAACACACAAGAAAGAAUCACAAGUGCAAUGAAGAAGAAAUCGUUUAAAGCAAAACGAAUAUGCUCGAGGUUUGCGAAAGUUGUUAGCGCUGCAUCUGGAUGCAAAGGCAAAUAGUUAUUUUCUACAAACACGAGACUCUUUCUUUUUUUUCUGUUUUAAGAGAAUUAACGGCACCCGCGAGACUCUGCUCUACUCGCAAGCGAGGGAGGCAAAUGGGGUGUCGUCGCGUAGGUUUUUUGCUUGCUAUCAUACAGACAGAACACACUAGAAAUAAACACACACACACAUUUUGUAAUUUGCAUUAGUAUGUAGAAGAAGAAGCAAGGAUUAGUCCCUGAAUGAGAAGGUAACUGUAAUGAGAAAGGAAGAUUGGCAAUUGCUUGUGUGAGGAGAGUGUGAGCGCGCGCGCGCAGGGGAAUUGCGCCGUCAGAAUUAUAUUUGACCUGAUGAAUUCUAAUAAAUUUUAAAGAAUAACAAAUAAAAAUAUGCUCCUCUAA